UUCAUCAAGUGCAACAACCGGGGCACACAUCAUUAUUUUUCUAGUCACACUCGCUGGCCUCCAGUUUUUGUUUUUGUUAUUUUCGUUGCUGUCUGUUGUCUUUCUCCGUGCCGCGGUUGAGACCAAACACCGUUCCAGCCAUGUCUCGCUCCCCCUAAUUGACGUUUUCCCUCACAUUGUCAGCCGUCAUAAUCGCAGCAUUGCUGCCAUUGCACCGUAAAAAUGCCUCCGAUCCGUCGCUGCAGCCGCGGCCAAUAUGCGCGCUGUCCUGACUUUACCUGCGCCGAUCCGUCUGCGCCCGUCAGUGAGCAGCUUAUUGGCAGUGGCGAUGGAGAUCAGCUUAGUCCCGGUAGCGGACAAAGGCCGCAGCAAAUUGUGAAUGAACGCAGCCAUCGACCAGCAGCUGCUGCUGCUGCUGCUCCUUAUCACUGCCAGUCCAUCGCGCAUCGCGGGAAUGUCCGCACGCUGCCCACACUCAAUCCCAAUCCGCUGAUGCAGAGCAACAAGAUGGACAAUGGGCACUCCUUAACACGGGCCACGGCGCCGACGUCUGUGCGGAGAAGCGCCAAAUAUGAGCAGCUGCGUCGACUGGGAGCCGGUGCUUUCGGCGUGGUGUACCAGUGCCAGAAUAAGGAAAAUCACGAAAUUGUGGCCAUCAAGUACAUUAAAAUCCGCGACGCCGGCGACGGCAUUCCGCAGUGGGCGCUGCGAGAAAUCUCAUUACUGCGACGAUGUUCCUCGCGUCAUCCCAACAUCAUCAGUUUAUUGGAUAUGAACUACUACUGUACGGGCGGCCGCGAGAAGGACUGCCACAUUCACCUGGUCCUGGAGUUUUGUGAUAUGGAUCUGAAGAAGUUCAUCCGGUCACGCGCGAGCCAGUCACGCCAUCCCGGUCUGACGCCGGGCCUGGUCAAGGAUAUUUUAUACCAAAUACUGAAAGGUCUGGACUUUCUCCACACGAUGGCCGUGGCGCACCGCGACAUCAAGCCGCAGAAUAUUCUCAUUAAGAACGCCGUGGUGAAGAUCGCCGAUUUCGGCCUGGGCAAGGUCAUGAUGGACCGGAAACCCGUGUCGCUGGAGGUGGUCACUCUGCACUAUCGGCCGCCGGAAGUGCUGCUCAGUGCCAAUUAUUCCUUCGCGGUGGAUAUCUGGAGUGUCGGGUGUAUGUUCGCGGAAAUGUGCAAUAAUGAGGUGCUUUUGGCCGGUGAGAGCGAGAUUAGCCAGCUGAAAUCCAUUUUUUCGGUUCUGGGUCUGCCGAUGAAGGCCGACUGGCCGGCCAACUGCAGUCUGGGCCUGGAGGCCUUCGCCGCCAUGCCGCCCAGCAGCAUGGCCACCCUCGACAAAUUCGUCCCCUUCGUCGGAUUCCAGGGCGUCGAUCUGAUGAAGAACAUGCUGCUCUUCAAUCCCACCAAACGCAUCACCUCGCACGACGCCCUGGUGCACGCCUACUUCGAGCGGCACAUCAGCACGGUGACCUAUCCCAGUAUCGUCCCGCCGCCGCGCCCCGCGGCUCCGUCCAACGACACCGCCGAUAAACUGCUGUUUCACAGCAACUUCCCGGUCGGCGGCGGUGUGGCGCUGCCGGUGGCCGGGACCAGCUGAACCCGUGUCGGAAACGGGCCACGUGACAUUCCGCAGUGUUGCAUUCCUGGUUAAGUGCAUUUUUUUCUUGUUUAUAUCCUGUACGUCUAAAUUAUCUCGUAUUAUUUUUUUCUGUGUAAAUUCUUUUUCUUUAUGAAUCGGUUUAGAACGUUGCUAGUUGGUUGAGUUUGCAAAACAGGAUGUUUAUUGCCGAUAUGUUCAUAUUUGAAGCUGUAUCCUUGCCGUUAAAGUUGUCCGUUUUCCCGGGUUUUUAUGUUUGUAUGUUAGAAA